AUGCCCCGCGUCUACGUCGACGAGCGACGUCCUCCUCCAGAAGUCCACAGCAACGACACGAUAGCCAGUGCACACCACGUCAUGUUCCGUCUCUAUGCGCCAUCGAGAGAUCUGCCGAACGGUAGAAACGACGCUGCCGAACUGGCAGAAGAAGAGGAAGAAGAAGAGGACGAAGAAGAAGAAGAAGAGGACGAAGAGGGCGUCGACGGUGUCGCUUUGCAGAGUCCGUCUUCGGUCCGUUUGCAUCGCUCGGGGACCCGCAGACGCCGCAAAAUUGGCAAAGGCAUCCAGCUGAUCCUCCUGCGAAGUUACGUGCACUGCGCGAAGCAGCUGGGUCGAUUACCGGACCGAGUGACGACAGAGCAGCUGCUGGAACAGGGCUACGACGAGUUUUACUACCAGGGAGGGAAUCUGAACGAGCCCCGACUCGAUUAUGCGGCGUUUCUAAAGCUCGUGCGAAACCGGAGAAGUGAAGUGAUGCGACAGACGCGAAGCGGUCGCUCGAUGAUGAGCCAAAGGAGCUCAGCGAGACACUGUCACAAGGAGCAAAUGGAAAUUCGAGCGCUGAUCAACGAGUUGGAGCAGGUACGACAUGGACAACGACCGCGUGGAGGAGCAGUGGGGUAUGACACUUUGGGCAUUCGCUCGGGUAGUCAAAAGCCCCGUGCGGUGGGCACCGACACGGCCGUGCCGAUUCUUUCGGACUCGUCGUCGAUCAUGGGAGACGCGGGGACCGACGGAGGAGUGUCGGCUGGAGAUCUAUCGACAGCAGAGACGUACUCGUCCGUCAUGUCAGGGACGGACGGUAGCAAUGACGACGUCGUCAUCUCGCGUUCCAAGCUGAAUGUGAUGCUGCGAGCGGCACAGGAAACGCUAGUUGCUCAGAAGAGAAUUCUGGAUGCGGUGCGAGCAAUGGAACAGCGCUGCAGGCAUUCAGUAGCUUGGAAGCAAUGA